GCCAUUUGUUAUUAUCCACCGCCCACCCCCUCGCCAUUGUAGCAUGGAUGCGAGUGCCUAUUGCCUAGUUACUGUUACAAACCUAUACAGAAUUAUUCCAUUUGCUGGGCAAAACAUUUUGGUCAAAUCUGUGACUUGUGCACAGUUUAAAGUUUAAACUUUAGCAGGCUGUGGCUUCGUGUUCUCCGUUCGAGAGCUUUUACGUGGACGUUUUGAGUCGGACUGUUUCUGCUACAUCCAUAAUCAAAAUGGCGGACAACGAAGACGAGAGUAGUAACACGAACUGUCCCGAGGUUAGUCCUGUAAGUGUGAGCGGGUCUCAGACGGACGCAUCGGACACCACUAGCUCUCAGAUUCAGGGUGAAAACGGAGCCGGAAGCGUUCAAGUCGUGGUGAGCGCUGAAGGCGGCGGUGAACGAGGCCUGUCGCGGUUAGUAACCGUACAGAACGAACCGAGCGCGGACGCCAAAGCUGCUGACGGAUCUUCAGAAGUGAUCGGGGACAUAUUGAGCGGCGAAGUGCUAACGUCGUACGUGCAAGCGUGUGAUAACGCAGACGACACCGUGGCGACAGAGUGCACGACAAUUAGCAGCGAUUUCUUGAGUGCUCUCGGGCCCGCGACUACCAUCAUCUACGUGCAGCCUGACGGGAGUUUCGUGGAGAGCUCUGGGCUUUCUGUAGAGGAGCAGCAGCAGCUCCUGGAGCAGCUUUCCAAACAGCAGCUCGUUCAGGUCACUGGAAACGAAGCGACUCGUCUGAUCGAGCAGAGUCAGACACUGACACCGGCACCAGCACCCAAACCUGCCCAGAGCACCAAACCUGCAGUAAUAUCUAGUAUUGACGUGCAACAGGUUAUAGAUCACGUUAACAAGUCGCAGGUCCGCGCACAAGCUGAGCUGAACCGCUCCCACACAACGACCCCUAAACUCCUGCAGAGGAGCGUCCAAGCUCAGACUCCCUCGUAUAUAACUCUAGAGGCUGGAAAUGUCAUUUCAGGACAGCUGACUACUACGUUACAGCCCCAGCCGUUUACCAUUGUGCAGAACGCAUCACAGCAGCUGCAGAGUGUCGCCAAACAAGUGGCACUGCAUCAGUCACAAAACGGUGCACAACCUAUUCCUCAAAAGCUAGCUGAACCCAUCCAUAUUCAAGUGCACGCUCCACCAAAACAGGACAUUAAACAACACCAGGCCGCUCCCAUCACCAUCCUCCAGUCGCAGAGCUUGCCAGUAAGCCAGUCUGUGGUGAAAGUCUCCACUGUUGGCACAGUCAGUACUCCUCAGAUUAUCCACAUCACACCUGUGCCUGGCCAGCAGCAAUAUUUCUUACAGAAUCCAGGAGAACCACCCAUUCAACUUCUCCUUCAGAAACCAGCACCUGUGGUUAGCAGCAUUUCAGUUCCGAUUGUGCAUAAAGUCCAAGCUCCUGCCUCUUCUUCUAACUCCACCACUGCUGGAAAGAGUCCUGCAGCCAAGCCAGCUGCGGUCUCCAUCCACCCCACCUUGAUUUUAACCCCUUCCACUAGCGUUUCAUCGACAACCACCAAAAUAUUAAAUCCGCCCUCUAAGGCCACAACAGUGGUAACCAAGGUUUCAGCUCCAGCCGUUGAAAAAGAGAAACCCAAAGCGAAGAGCCGCCAGAAAAAGCCUUUGAAAAUCCAGACACGCUCUGGUCGAGUGUCUCGGCCACCAAAGCAUAAGGUAAAGGACUACAAGUUCAUCAAAACCGAGGACUUGGCAGAGAGUCAUCAGUCAGAUUCUGAUGACUACUCUGAGAUCAGCGUGGAAGACGAAGAGGGACUUGAGGGCAAGAAGAAGACAGAUGUUGAUGGUUUGUCCCUCCGCAGCAAAGCUUUUAAAUGUGAAACAUGCGAGAAGUCCUACAUAGGCUUUGCUGGUUUGAACAGACACUAUAAACUUAAGCCAACUCAUGACAAAAGUCACACAUCAUCUCCAGUUGCGAAAGAAGACUCUAAACCCACAGAAGAGCAAACACAGUCUGAAGCAGCUAAGACGAAUCCUGUGAAGGAAGCCACGACUCAAAAAGUGCAAGCAGAUUCUACAAGACAGAUUGUUCCACGACGGCCUGGGAGACCUAAGGGGUCAGGGAAAUCCACUCUUCCCAAAAGGCUGGGAAGGAAACCGAAGAGAGGAAGACCGGGUCGACCUCCUAAACAGCAAACAGCACUUACUUUGGAGCAGCAGGCACAGAGACAGAGAAGUCGACUCACAGAGUUUAUACAGCAGUACGACGAUGAAGACCUGAUGGAGAUUGUUCUUCCACGCCUGGCGAAGGUCAUGACUGUAUGGGAAUUUGUGCUAAUGAAGGUAGAAAAUGGCCAUUUGUCCAAGCAGCAGUUCCCCAGUGUGUAUCAUGAAUUUGAGCAGCUCCACAGCCAGGUGAAGAAGUUGGCACAGGAGCACUUUAGUAUUUCACCAGCUUCCCGAGCAGCUAUCGAGGUCACCAAUAUGGAUGUCUUGAAAUCGCUGGGUUUUACUGAUCCAUCUAGUGAAUUAACACCCCUGAACUCGUCGAAUGGACAACAGUGUACGAUACGAAAUCAAUCUGCAAAGAGUCCACGGAAUAUCGAGAAUACCAGGACGUUGCCUCCAGCAAAGAGGUUUAAAAUGGAAAACUGCUGUGGCGAAAGCAACGAUUCUGCGGUUAAUCAGAACGGUAUUGAGAAGCGCACGGCUAAUGAGGACUCCAUGCUGCUCCGGGAACCACAGGUGGUCCUGACCCGUUUAGAGAACUUGGCGAACACUGAUGCAGACCCUGCAACAAGGACAGAAGAAGCAGCUAUGGACACAGGAGAAUGCCUUCUUGAUCCUGAAGCUGGCAAACCUCAAGAUGACCCUGACGGAGAGCUUUCAGAAGUUCUCAACAGUGAGAGCAGUGGGAGCAUGGACAUCGCGGAUCAAGUGAAACAGCUGGAACAAGUGCUGAGCUCAGAAACAACAGAUAAGGAAAUCGUGCUGAAUGAUGAAAACGGUAACCCUUCACAAACCGAAAGUUUGGCCGAGGCAGAAUCUUUAGUAGAAACUGUUGUCAGCGAGGUGGUGAUGCAGUCUGUUGAGGCUCAGGAAGGAACCCCGGUAUUUAUUCAAACAGCAGAGGGCCUCGUUCGACAGAGUGCUGAGGAACUUGCUUCUAAGGGAAUAGUGAUUGUGAAUGGGCCUGAUGGCAGUACAGUGCACAUCGAGGCUCCAGAAGGAGUUCCUUUAGAGACUGUCCAUGCUCUAUUAGGCAUCGAAACUGAGAGAAAGACUUGAGAGAGGAAAAAGUGCAGCGUCUGAAACAUUUUUGACAUUUCUCAACUAUUUCAAGACAACUCUUAUCAGCAUGGUAUCGUGCCGUCGUCCCCCCACCCAAGGAACUUUUUAUUGCAGAUUUUUGUAUAUUUGUAAAAACAAAGUAUUAUUAUUGUUGUUCCAGAUUUUGUGCAUUGUUUUUGAUCCAGUCUUUUGUUUGUAAAAUGUAAGCGUUUGGUUAUAUAGACCUUAUGCCUUCACAUUUCGAUGCCAACAUUGCGUGUCUUCACUUACUACUACAGCCAUGGCAGGACUCAGUAGUUUAUAUACUGUAUACUAUGAAGAAAUGUACAGUAAAGUGUGAAAUACUUAAUUAUUAGUUUACAUUGCUUUAAGCAAUGAGGAACUGUUCUUUGUAUGUGUAUUGGUUUUAAACUGCUCGAGGAUGAUUUAUGGACUUCAAAAUGUGCAUUUAGUUCUUUAUGAUGGGAAAAGUAAUUAAAUUGUCCAGAAUGAAGCGAAAAGUUAACAAGUGGAAAAACAUGUCUUAAGUGUGUAAAAUCCCAGGUUAUCUUUUUGUUCCAUCGUUACAUGUUGUAUAGUAGUUUGUCCAGUUCAAUAGUUGUUUAAAAAGCACUAUUUUAUUACUUUUUAUAUAAUCUUUGGACAUACUGUGUUUUUUCAGGCAUCUCGACAUUUGUAAUACGAAGAGGAUACAUAAACAGAUGACAUUAAACCAAUAUUUGUGAUUGA